CUCGGCAGCCCGAGGUUCCAAGUCAGAAGCCUUCUCGCCAGCUCGGCGGCGGCCGGAGCAGCGGCGGGCUGCCGGCUGGACGGGAUCAGGGAGGGCCGCUUCGGGCGGGCUGCUCGUCCCGGGAACCUGGCACGCCGACGGGAGAGCGGGAUCGGGUGCAGAGCCCGCACGCCGCCCUGCCCCGGUUUCGUUCCGCGGCGUGGGGCUCGGCGCGUGGAAAGAAUUCCGGCGGCUGCCACGACUCGCGUGCAAGGUGAAGGCAGAGAGAACGGUGCCCUAGGACAGACUUGGCCAUUUGAUUCUGUUUAGAAGAUAGCCACUGACACGGAAGACUGGAAGAAAGACUGAUGAAGAAAAGUAACAGUAUGAUUGAGGUAAUGGAGACCUACUGGAACACGUGGAGAAGCUAGUGUCUUGCAGGAAGCCAAGAUGAGAAGAGUCUUUUUAAAAUAAUCCAAGGAAGAAUCCUGUUCAGAAAUGAGGCGAACUAAUGUUUGGACACCAUUGCAUGAAGUGUUUUAAAACUGCCCUGACCAUCUUGCCAAAUGAGUCUCUGCUCAUGAGACCCAACAAGAUGAACCAGCCAAGGAGGGAUAGUGUCCUGCCCUGUAUGAACAGUGACUGCUGACGUCUGAGAGCAAGCUGGGGGUACCGAAUGUCGUCUGCCAGUACCAUGAAGGAAGUGGUUUAUUGGUCACCCAAGAAGGUGGCAGACUGGCUGCUGGAGAAUGCUAUGCCAGAAUAUUGUGAACCUCUGGAGCACUUCUCAGGCCAGGACUUAAUCAAUCUAACCCAAGAGGAUUUCAAAAAACCCCCACUGUGCCGAGUCUCCUCUGACAAUGGGCAGCGACUCUUAGACAUGAUAGAGACCCUGAAGAUGGAGCACCAUAUGGAAGCACACAAGAAUGGCCACGCCAACGGACACCUCAGCAUUGGCGUUGACAUUCCCAACCCCGAUGGCAGCUUCAGCAUCAAGACUAAACCCAACGGAAUGCCAAAUGGGUUUAGGAAAGAGAUGAUCAAGAUCCCCAUGCCAGAACCGGAGCGCUCCCAGUUCCCCAUGGAGUGGGGCAAGACUUUUCUGGCCUUUCUUUAUGCACUUUCCUGUUUUGUUCUCACUACAGUGAUGAUCUCGGUCGUCCAUGAACGAGUACCUCCUAAGGAGGUGCAGCCUCCACUACCGGACACGUUUUUUGACCAUUUUAACCGGGUGCAGUGGGCGUUUUCUAUUUGCGAAAUUAACGGCAUGAUCCUUGUAGGACUCUGGUUAUUUCAGUGGCUGCUCUUAAAAUACAAGUCUAUUAUUAGCAGAAGAUUUUUCUGCAUAGUUGGCACGCUGUACCUGUAUCGGUGUAUUACAAUGUAUGUAACUACACUCCCAGUACCUGGCAUGCAUUUCAACUGUUCUCCGAAGCUCUUUGGAGACUGGGAAGCUCAAGUGCGGAGAAUAAUGAAGCUCAUUGCCGGAGGUGGCUUAUCCAUCACAGGCUCGCACAACAUGUGUGGCGACUAUCUGUACAGUGGCCACACGGUCAUGCUAACGCUCACCUACCUAUUUAUCAAAGAGUAUUCUCCUCGGCGGCUCUGGUGGUACCACUGGAUUUGCUGGCUCCUCAGCGUCGUUGGAAUCUUCUGUAUUCUCUUAGCGCAUGACCACUACACUGUGGACGUGGUGGUGGCCUACUACAUCACCACAAGACUCUUCUGGUGGUAUCACACAAUGGCCAAUCAGCAAGUGCUUAAGGAAGCCUCCCCGAUGAACCUCCUGGCCAGGGUGUGGUGGUACAGGCCAUUUCAGUACUUUGAAAAGAAUGUCCAAGGAAUUGUACCUCGAUCUUACCAUUGGCCCUUCCCCUGGCCAGUAGUCCACCUUAGUAGGCAAGUUAAAUAUAGCCGGCUGGUAAACGACACCUAAGAGCUCUGCCGACUAGGGAAUGAAGAACGGUCCGAAGUGCUAAGAACUCCAUGAGAGAAGAUGCCAUAAAGUAACCACCUCCCCUGCUAUCUCUCAACAGUUACCUUGACUUAACCUAUUGAGUUACCUGCUCAGCACUGUGAUCUUUUUUUUUCUCUCCAAAGGACCCGCGUUGGACAACAAUAAAGAAAAGUUACCACAUCAUGCACUGUAGACAUUUCCUGUUGUUAAGCUUGGGGCUUCUAUAACGGGCAGCCACCGUGUCCCUUUGUCAUUCAGCCGCACCACCGUGUGCUUCUGUAUCCUAAGCUCGGGCCUUUCCAGCCAUAUCUGGAAAUAGAGUGUGUUAUUUUCUUGGGAAAACAUACUUUUCAUAUCUCUUGCCCCAAAGACAGGGCUGUAAGCCAUUUUCUAGUAAAUGUCUCUAUGAAGGGUCCUGAGUGUCUCUGCCUAUUGCACUGAUGUUCGGAUGAAGACGAUAGGUGCAGAGGUUUGGUCACUGGGGGUUUUAUACAGUCAGCAGAGAUGGUGUAUCAAAAAGUGCAAAAAAAUUCUGUUAUAAAGUGAUUUUUCUAAGUAUUUCCUAACUUUAUUUUUCAAAAUGAUGUUAUGAAAACCAAAUUUAAAGAUUUUUACAUGUCACAGAAAAGAGAGUUAACAUUUAAAAGUGCUUCUUGGGAGAGAAAUUUGUCUAUGUUUCUAGUGCCUUUCUUGUCUUGAUUGUAUGGUCGGUUGGUAGGCAAUCUUAAAUGUUUUUAUUUAUUCCAUGAAAAUAUAAAUGGAUGUAUACACUACUAAAUUUUGCAUUUAUAGCUAAAUGAAAUCAGAAGACUGCUAGUGGUUUUAAAAUUGUUUUGAACUGAAGAAUAGAGGGUGUGAAUUAGAGUAUGCAUCCAUCCACAUAUUGUGAGGAGGCCGCCCUGACAGGUGUCGCUCAGACUAUACCAUCUGUUUGGGAGUUUGGUUUUAACUGCUCCAUAAAAAACAGCCAUGAAUAUCUUUUUAAAAAGAGAGUUUCGAAAAUGAUCACUUACCUAAAACUUGAAAGCUAUAAAUUAGUUAUCCAUACUCUCAUGACAGUUUUGUUGGUGAACAACAACCACAAAAAAAGAUCUAUUUCUUUAAAAUAUAUUUGUGCAGAAACUGCAUGUAACUCUGAGUUUUACUCCUGACAUACAAAUGUUUGGGGAAGUAUUCUACUCUAUACUUGCCAACGUGGAGAACAAAAUAGUUUUCUAAGAGCGAAGAAGUAUAUAUAUAUAAAUAUAAAUAUAAUAUCCAUUCUGUAUUUUAUGUGCAGCAGGAUUACCUUCUGUAGGUUUUUUGUGUGUGCACGUGCACAAGUGUGCGCGUGCAUGUAUGAGUGUGUGUGUGUGUGUGUGUGUGUGUGUGUGUACUCACAAGGUGAUAUUUGUAUUGUAAAACAAUAAUGGUGAAGGAAAUAAAAAGGCUUUUAAAUUUUUGUUUGUUUUAAAUCUUUGUAAAGUUAUUAUUCCAGAGAGUAUACUGAUAUCUUACAACUUACCUAAAUCGUAAAUUAAUCAAAAUGCACUUUUUAAUAAAAACUUAUACUGAAA